AAAUUAUUGUAGUUUUAAUAUUAUACUAUGAACGUUUUUAUGAAAUUUUACUAUCUUUGUCCAACUUCCAUCAGGGAAUUGUCAAAAGUCUUGACAGAUAUUCUGGAUAAAUUUUUAUCUUUAUUAGAAUGUAUUUAUCCUAAUUUCAGUGACGCACAAUGAAGGCAUUAUGUUGGAAGAAUUGGCAAACGAUUAUGCCUCUUAUUUGAAGUUGGAUGUGUCUAGUGGAUUUAAAAGUGUGCAAGAUGUUAUUGAUAAUAUGUUAACAAGACUCGAGGAAUUAACCAGUGUUUUACUCAUGAUAAAGUUGAAAAAUGGCGACUGCAACAAAGUAGUUUCUGAUGAUAUAUAUAAAUAUCGCAGUGAAGUAAGUGUACUCUCGAAGAAAAUACUUGCUAUAAAUGAUGUUAUUAUAAAAUUACAAAAUAAUGUGGAUAUAAUUGAGAAGCAAGUAGAAAAAGCAGAAAUUGAUUUUGGUAUCUCUAAGGACAAUAAGCUACUAAGCUUCUUCAAACCAUUUUUGAAGAAAAGUAAAGAAUCUGUUUCAAAUCCUGAUAUAACAAUAACACCCCCCAUAAAACUGCAACUACAAAGUGUCAUGGAAAAUUUUGACUGUAAUCCUCCAUGUUCAUGAUAUCUAUAUAUAAAUAAGUAAUGUAAGAUGUACCUAAGUAUUAAAUACUGCACAAAAAAAAAUUUGUUUCAUCAUACUAUAAAAUCGUACAAUAAAACAAUUUUAUAACAA